AUGAAGCGCACUGAAGACGAUGAUCAGCAUCAAGUUCAAUAUCUAGAGACGCCCAUCAAAUCGGAAAACGACAAAAAGGAUUAUAGGGUCAUCAGAUUAGAAAAUGAUUUAACAGCUCUGCUUAUAUCAGAUAUAUAUUUAAAAACAGAUGAUUCUGAAGAUGAAGACACUAAGAAAAAUGAAAAACAGGCAGUAUGUGCCUUAUGUGUGGGAGUAGGAUGUUUCAGCGAUCCAGAGAUUCAAAGCAUAGGAAAUUUAUUCAAGCAUAUGGUUUUCAUGGGAUCCGAAAAAUAUUCAAAAGAAAAUUUUAAAACAUACAUCAAAAAACGUGGCGGAUUUGUUGACAUCUUAACAGAUAGCGAACAAACAACAUUUUACUUUACUAUUCAAGAAAAAUACUUUUUUCCUGCUCUUGAUCGUUUUGCUCAAGGCUUUAUUAAACCCUUGAUGACGGAAGAUACCGUUUCACGGGAGCGAGAGAAAAUAAAUGAGUAUGAAUCGAUACCUUGUGAGGAGAAGGAACUUCCUGCGAAAACCAAUUUAGUCAAUAAGUAUAUUCGGGACAAUGUUACAAUCUCUAGCAAUCAUAUGGAUGAUAACAAAUUGUGCGAAGAAUUGCACAAAUUCAAAGAUCGCUAUUACAGUGCUCACAGAAUGACAUUAGCUAUACAGGCUAAAUUAUCAUUGAGCACAUUGGAAAAAUUCGUUACGAAAUGCUUUGUUGAUGUACCAAGUAAUAAAUUAUCUCCUGACUAUGUUUCUAGUGUUUCUUUUGGUAUUCCCGAAAUCGAACAAGAAAUAACCAAAACAAAGUCUCAUAUGUCGCAUGUGAUGUUUAAGCAAGGUGACAAAGUAGAAAUAACAUGGACAAUAUCUUUCUCACCUGAUUUUUAUAAUAGUAAACCUCAUGAAUAUAUCGCAUGGAUUAUUAAACAUGGAGGAAAAGGUUCUUUAACAAGUUAUCUACGUAAAAAAAUGCCAAGUAUAAAUUUACGUGAUACUGUUCAAUGUAACAGUGAAACGUUUAUAAGAUAUGAUUGUAUAUAUACUAUGUUCAAGCUUACUGUAGUGCUCUUCUCUGAGGAACAAGAACAUUUGAAGGAAGUUUUAGAUGCAAUAUUUUCCUUUAUUAAUUUACUAAAAAUAGAUGAUCCACAUAAAAGAACUAUUUACUAUGACAUUUAUAAGAUAAUGGAAUAUAAUUUUAGAUUUAUUAACGAAGAAAAUUCUGUGAAAUAUGUAAUAAAUUUGUGUAAGGGUAUGCACUUCUAUCCACCACGUGAUUAUAUAACUGCAAAUAAGCUUAUUUCUAUUGAGUACAACCCAGAAGAUAUACAAAAGUGUUUGAAUUAUUUGAAGCCAGAGACCGCGAUUAUUACUAUUUUGCAAGAAAAACCUCAUCCUUUGGAUUGUAAUGAAGUUCAGUCCAAUGUAAAUUGGGACGAAAAGAAAUGUAUAUGCAUCGAAGUACCAAAGGAAUAUUUCGAACAUUGGGAAUCCAUUGAGCCGUUGCCAAAUUUUCAUUUACCAUUAAAAAAUGUAUUCAUUGCCAGCGACUUCUCUUUACUAUCGAUAUCAGAGAAUUCAAAAGAUCCUGUAAAAAUAUAUAACGAUCAUAUAUCGGAAAUUUGGUAUUGCCCGGAUAUCAAAUUUUGUUUGCCGAAAUGUUAUAUAAACUUUCAAUUUGUUUCCUCUCUAGGAGUCCAGUCGCCAAAGAAUGCAGUUAUUAUGGAAAUAUAUUGUCGUGCAUUAAAACUGCUUUUGUUCGAAGAAUUAUAUCCAGCUAAGAUAGCUGGAUUUGAAUAUUAUAUCUAUACCGAUAAUAAAGGUAUUAUAAUCGAAAUAAACGGGUUUACCGAAAAAUUGCCUCGCUUGUUGAUAACUAUUGCAAAAUACAUGGCUAAUUAUCCAACACUUGUUACGAAGUCUUUAUUUGAAUCUUGCAAAGAGCAAUUAGAUAAGGGAUAUUACAGCAAAGCAUUUAUGAAUCCACAUAAACUUAUCGUUGACGUAAAAUUAUCGAUAUUGAAGUUUGUUCAUUAUACAAGCGUCGACAUGCAUACUGCUCUGUCUAAUGUAAAUUUUGAAGAAUUCCAACGCUUUGUGGAACUCUUUACCAAUCAUUUGUAUAUCCAGUGUUUCGUGCAAGGUAACAUAACGCGGGACGAUGCAUUUGUGAUUAUACGGGAAUGUAUCGAAAUACUGAAUUGCGGUCCCUUGCUUACUAGUACAGUACAACAGAUGAGAGUCAUGCAACUACCUUUGGGCAUAAGUUAUUGCAAAUUAAAAAAUAUAGAUAAAAUGGAUACAACUUCCGUAAUGACAAAUUAUUAUCAAGUUGGUAUCUCGUCUAUUGAAUUAUCGGUAUUAAUUGAUUUGAUGAUGGAAAUAAUGUUCGAAAAGUUACAAAAUUGGGAAUUAGAUGAACAACUGCCGUUUAAAAUUGUAUUGUCCGACUUGGACGAUAUUAACGGAAUUUUAGGAUUUUCCAUUACCACUUGUACUGAGGCAAAUAAAUGCACAACCGAGUAUAUGAAUGGUGAGAUUGAAAUAUUUUUGCAAGUGUUUAAUGAGAUUUUGAGGAAUUUAGAGGACAAAGAGUUGGAUUGUUUUAAGAAGAGGCUAAUACUUGAUAAAAAGAAUGAAUAUGCUGAUGAUAAUGUUAAAAAAGUAGUUGAUAGAAAGUGGAAUGAGAUACUGAAUGGAGAAUACAUUUUUGAUAGAUACGAGAAGGAAAUGCUUGCAAUAAAGAACAUAACGAUUGACGAUCUAAAAAAAUGUUUUACAAAGCACAUAGAGAACGGAAGUAAUUUUAGAAAAUUAAGCAUACAUAUAGUAGAAAAUGAUCCAGAAAAAAUUGCAGUCGAAAAAGAAAAUAUUGAGAAUCCUGAGGCAGAGCACUUUACUUUGGAAUAUAUAAAGGACGAUUGUCACAUUGUUGAUGUAGAAGACAAUAAGAAAUAUCUUUAUGCCUAUCCUUUCAAACUAAAUCGUAACCCUAAUUAG